AUGGCUUCUACUACCUCCUCCAUCACCAUCAACGUAAACUCCCACUGCGAGACUCCAUCUCCUCGAUUCAACCACCCACGUCCUAUCCAACUGUAUCGAAUGCAAGGUUACGCCGUACGGAUGGUUCCGCUUGAUACUGAUGGAUUGGAGAAUGCAGAUGAGUAUGUUAUGCAGUUGGUUGUAAGUAUCAUAUCUCUCUCAAUGAUUUGCUUUUAA